UGUCUCCCUGUCAAAUUGUCAAUUCUGUUGUUCUGUCAUUUUUAAUAAUUUAAUUUCUGUUUUUGUCACAAGUAAUUUGUAAAUUCAUUCUUUACAUGCGAGUAUUUUAAUUCCAUUACCUAGUUAACUUAAUUCGUGCGCAGAGGAUUAAGUAGUUAGUAAAAGACAGACAAUAAAAGGUGUACUAUUUACAGAGAUGAAUACAACAAACAGAGGUGUUGCGCGGAGGUUUUGCUAUGAUGACGAAACUGGGGAAAUUGUUACAUACGACGUGAACGAGGAGACUGGCGAGUUGCUACUAGCUAACAAGUCACCACCGCUGGACGUGCGACAGCCUGUAGAAGCACCGGAACCGGAGGCCAAGUAUAUGAAGUUCCCCCGCGGCUACAUGAGCAAGACUAAGAAGUUCCAAUCUCUGAAAGCUAACAUUAUUGCUGGUUCCAAUCAAAUCAGCCACCGAUUGCUGUUAAUACCCUCCGUGAUGGUAUUCUCAGGCCUUUUCUGCGUUAUUCUCAUGAUGCUGGAGAUCUUUCUGCAUGUCCGCUGCCACAAAAAGAAUAAAUCACUUAAAGAUCCCAAUUUGUAUUACCGAAGCCCAUUUCAUGUAGUCACGAGCACAUUCUGUGGCGUUUGCAGGGAUUGUGACACUGCAUCUAAAAUCGGUCAGCUACAAGACCAGAGACGUAACCGUUAUGGUUACAUUAGGGGUCUAACAAUUUAAUUACACAUUUACUUUUAACCUUUGGUGUGGGUUAUAAAUUAUUUCAUAAGAUCAAGUGGUUUAUUGACCCUUUUGAGAAAUCUCACUUGUGGAUGUAUUUUAGAGCUAUAAGCUAAUCAUGACUAAAGACUAAUUAAAUAUCCACUAAUUAUAUGCAAUUUAGGACUCUAGUAUCUUGAGUAUUUUAUGAUGAAGAUUAUGAUUGAAUCAAUCAUUCAGCUUAAUUUUCUCUAAAUAGUUCCAAAGCAAAUAGAUGGUAAAAAUUCAUAACUUGUCAUUCUUACCAAGCAAUAAAAUGACUAGGCUCUGCCUUGUACUGAUAUAUUAUUUGAUAUGCAUUUUACUUAGAUUCCAUUACAUAGUUACACAGCUCAACCGAAUAAGGCAUAUUAAAAAUAUUAAUGUCACCAUUUAAUAUAAUGAGGAGCUGUAAACAUAAUAAUGAACAGUAACUGUAGUUUUAAGCAGUUUAAAUAACAAAGUUCCUCUGUUGGCAUUUCCAUUAUAAUUAUGAAUGUUCGGGCUAAGCCUUGCUUUGUUUUGUCUUUUUUUAUUAUUCUUAACGAACCGUUUUGGUUAACCCGGGUAACUGGAUUGAGGCGGUCACUCCAUGAAAAAUACUAGUGUUCAACAGCAUUCGGUUAGACUGGAAGCCAACCCAAUACACUUGUGAAAAUGUUAGGCAGAUGAUGAUUUUUUUAAAGUGUAAUUUUUACCCACGUGUUAUCUGCAUCUAUUGGCUUCACAUUCCUAGAUAAAAACUAUGAAUGCCGGAGAAGUCCUAAAUAAAAUACAUUAACUAGUCUUUGACACCUACAGGGUUGGAGUCUUUCUACAAGGUGUUACAAAAGUACCCUUUAUGAGGAGUCAAUUAAUAUUGUUUUUAAAUCAUAAUAUCGAUUUUUGGCAUACUGCGAAACAAACAUUUUUCAUUAAAGUGCAAGUCCUUGCUGGAUAACCUCUCUGUUACAGUAAUUUAUCUUUUCUACGCUUUGGCGAUGUUUUUGACCACGAUCGUUUUAAAUACUUUUGUAACACCCUGUAUAUUAUUGACUUAAGAAUAAAUUUUAUAGUUAUGAUUAUUAUAUGUAUAGAUAAUGUUUCUGUGUUAUUUAAUUUUAAGUUGAAUAUUGUAUUGGUGAAGGUAUUAUUUUGACAAAACUGAUGUGAGUUAUGUGCUUUUUUGUACAAAGAGGUAAUAAAGGAAUUAUUAUUAUAA